AGUUAAGAAAUUAAGAUGGGUCACCAUUCUUGCUGUAACCAACAGAAGGUUAAGAGAGGCCUUUGGUCUCCCGAGGAAGAUGAGAAGCUCAUCAGAUACAUUACCACUCACGGCUAUGGUUGCUGGAGUGAAGUUCCAGAGAAAGCUGGGCUUCAAAGGUGUGGCAAGAGUUGUCGCCUGAGAUGGAUUAAUUAUUUGAGGCCUGAUAUUAGAAGAGGAAGGUUUACACCUGAAGAGGAGAAGUUAAUUAUAAGUCUUCACGGGGUUGUUGGCAACAGAUGGGCGCACAUUGCAAGCCACUUACCAGGUAGAACUGACAAUGAAAUAAAGAACUAUUGGAAUUCUUGGAUCAAAAAGAAAAUUAGAAAGCCUUCGGUGAAUUCAUCAAUCACCACUACACAAAGUGUGGAUCAUCACCCUCAGUUCAAUUAUAAUUCCAACCAACUAGAUCACUUUGGCAACCAAGACAAUGUAACAACAAAAGCAGCGGUGCAAGAAACCAUAUUUUCCUCGACGUGCCCCCUAUUUAUGUUUGACACUAGUUCAUUAGACCAUGGGACAACAACAGUAGACACCACCAAACUGUUCCAAGAUUCAUUGGGUUUGAGCAGUGAAACGUGGAACUUGAGCCAGCACCAAGUCCAUCAUGGUAUUCCUCCUCAAGCAGCACCGGCAGCAGCAACUUUUACAGCGGCUACAGUGAUUGAUACUACGAAUUAUCUGCCACCAUUGAUAGAGAAUGUGGAAAACAUGGUGCCAAACAUGGAAGUGCAGGGUUGUAGUAUAGAGGAGGAAGGAGAAAUGGCACUGGAGUGUUUGCGGAGACAAGAGUUGAAUGAGUGGGUGGAGAAUCAACAACACUGUCCCAGUUUUCUUUUCUGGGACAGCGUUGAAAGACAGCUUGGGGGGGAAGAACUAGCACCAAACACGUCAAAUAUUGGAACCAAUACACUUUCACCUUUUCCUUCAUCUUUACAUUCUCUCCGUCGCCGCUGCACCGUAGCAACCAUGAUCAUUUCCGAGAAGAACCGUCGAGAGAUCUGCAAAUACCUCUUCCAAGAGGGAGUUUGCUAUGCGAAGAAGGACUUCAAUCUGGCGAAGCACCCAGAGAUUGAUGUUCCAAAUCUGCAGGUGAUAAAGCUGAUGCAGAGCUUCAAGUCCAGGGAGUACGUGCGCGAGACAUUUGCUUGGAUGCAUUAUUACUGGUUCCUCACCAACGAUGGAAUUGAGUUCCUCAGAACAUACCUCAACCUUCCCUCGGAAAUCGUACCCGCCACUCUUAAGAAGCAGGCCAAGCCCGCCGGAAGACCAUUCGGUGGCCCACCCGGUGAUCGCCCAAGGGGCCCACCUCGCUUUGAGGGAGAGAGGAGAUUCGGUGGUGAUAGAGAUGGAUACCGUGGGGGUCCCCGGGGACCUGGUGGUGACUUUGGGGAGAAAGGUGGAGCUCCUGCUGACUACAGACCUUCAUUUGGGGGUCCCGGUGGAAGGCCUGGUUUCGGUCGAGGUGCUGGUGGUUAUGGGGCACCAACAAGUUCAAACACUCCUUAAAUAUGAUUGAUUUGUGCUCAAGGUUUUACAGUUUUGGCUGUCAUUCGAGUUAAUAGUAGCACCCCUCGUUCCAAAGUAGUUUGAUCUGGCUGACAAUUUACUUAAGUUAAUUAUACAGUGAAAAUUUUGAAUUGAAUAUUUUUGCCCUGAAUUUGUGUUUGAGGUGUGAUGCUUUGGGUAGUGAGAAUGGGCUGUUGUAAACUGGCGGUUCAAUUGGUUUUGGAAGUGAGCAUUUAUAAAAAUGUUUUUAAUUGGAUAUA